GCGGCGCGGCGUGGCCGGGGCGGCUCGGGUCGGCGUCCGGCCGCGGCCAUGGCGGACGAGGCCCCGCGCAAGGCCGGCGUCUCGGCCCUCGUGGGCCGCACCAACGGCCUCACCAAGCCCGCGGGCCUGGCCAAGCCGGGCGGCGCGGGCGGCUCCAGGAAGCUGGUCAUCAAGAAUUUCCGAGACAGGCCGCAGCUGCCGGACAACUACACGCAGGACACGUGGCGCCAGCUGCACGAGGCCGUGCGGGCCAUCCAGAGCAGCACGUCCAUCCGCUACAACCUGGAGGAGCUGUACCAGGCCGUCGAGAAUCUCUGCUCGCACAAAGUGUCCGCGAUGCUGUACCAGCAGCUGCGCCAGGUCUGUGAGGACCACGUGCAAGCGCAGAUCCUGCACUUGCGAGAAGACUCACUAGAUAGCGUUUUAUUUUUAAAGAAGAUGAACACGUGCUGGCAAGAUCACUGCAGACAGAUGAUCAUGAUCAGGAGCAUCUUCCUGUUCUUGGACCGCACGUACGUCCUGCAGAACUCCAUGCUGCCGUCCCUCUGGGACAUGGGAUUAGAACUAUUUAGAAAUCACAUUAUUAGUGAUAAAAUGGUUCAGAGUAAGACCAUCGAUGGGAUUCUUCUCUUAAUUGAGCGAGAGAGAAGUGGAGAAGCUGUGGACAGGAGCCUGCUGCGGAGCCUGCUGAGCAUGCUCUCGGAUCUGCAGGUGUAUAAGGAUUCUUUUGAACUGAGAUUUCUGGAAGAGACUAAUUGUUUAUAUGCUGCAGAAGGCCAAAGAUUAAUGCAGGAAAGAGAGGUCCCGGAAUAUCUUAACCAUGUGAGUAAACGUCUGGAGGAGGAAGGCGAUCGUGUGAUCACAUACCUGGACCACAGCACGCAGAAGCCGCUGAUUGCCUGUGUGGAGAAACAGCUGUUAGGAGAACAUUUGACAGCAAUUCUACAAAAAGGCCUUGACCACUUGCUGGAUGAGAACAGGGUGCCAGACCUCACACAGAUGUACCAGCUCUUCAGUCGUGUGAAGGGUGGUCAGCAGGCACUGCUGCAGCACUGGAGUGAGUACAUUAAGACAUUUGGCACAACAAUUGUCAUCAAUCCUGAGAAGGACAAAGACAUGGUUCAGGACCUGCUGGACUUCAAGGACAGGGUGGACCACGUGAUCGAGGUGUGCUUCCAGAGGAAUGAGCGGUUCAUCAACCUGAUGAAGGAGUCUUUCGAGGCGUUCAUCAACAAGAGACCCAAUAAGCCUGCAGAGCUGAUCGCCAAGCACGUGGACUCGAAGCUGCGAGCAGGCAACAAAGAGGCCACAGACGAGGAGCUAGAGCGCAUCCUGGACAAAAUCAUGAUCAUCUUUCGGUUCAUCCACGGGAAAGACGUCUUUGAGGCAUUUUAUAAAAAGGAUUUAGCUAAAAGACUCCUGGUGGGGAAAAGUGCCUCCGUGGAUGCUGAGAAAUCAAUGCUGUCAAAGCUGAAACAUGAGUGUGGUGCAGCGUUCACCAGCAAGCUGGAAGGCAUGUUCAAGGAUAUGGAGCUUUCCAAGGACAUCAUGGUCCAUUUCAAGCAGCACAUGCAGAAUCAGAGUGACCCUGGCCCGAUUGACCUCACCGUGAACAUCCUCACCAUGGGAUAUUGGCCGACAUACACGCCCAUGGAAGUGCAUCUAACGCCAGAAAUGGUCAAACUUCAGGAAGUAUUUAAAACCUUUUACCUCGGGAAGCACAGUGGUCGGAAACUUCAGUGGCAGACGACUUUGGGACACGCUGUUUUAAAAGCAGAAUUUAAGGAAGGCAAGAAGGAGUUCCAGGUGUCGCUGUUCCAGACACUCGUGCUCCUCAUGUUCAACGAGGGUGACGGCUUUAGCUUCGAGGAGAUCCGGGUGGCCACCGGCAUAGAGGAGAGUGAGUUGCGACGAACGCUGCAGUCACUGGCCUGUGGGAAAGCCCGUGUCCUAGUGAAAAGCCCCAAGGGGAAGGAGGUAGAAGACGGGGACAAGUUCAUUUUCAACGGAGACUUCAAGCACAAGUUGUUCAGGAUCAAGAUCAACCAGAUCCAGAUGAAGGAAACGGUGGAGGAGCAGGUCAGCACCACUGAGCGAGUGUUUCAGGAUCGCCAGUACCAGAUCGAUGCGGCCAUUGUCCGGAUCAUGAAGAUGAGGAAGACCCUCAGUCACAACCUCCUGGUGUCUGAAUUGUACAACCAGCUGAAAUUCCCAGUGAAGCCUGGAGAUUUGAAGAAGAGAAUUGAAUCUCUUAUAGACAGAGACUAUAUGGAGCGAGACAAAGACAAUCCAAAUCAGUACCACUACGUGGCGUGAGCUUCGCUGUGUCGUCUUUAGGGAAACACUAGAAUGGACCUUGGAGCAAUGGCACCUGCCUGCAGGCUCUAGGACUCUGGCAGAAGCAGCUGUGGACCCAAGAAGAGAGGACAGGCAGGCCGGCCUCGUCCCGCAGGGCUCUGGGCGCCCGGGGCGCGUGUAUCUUUAUUUCCUCCAGUUCUUUUAGGCUUUUAAAUUGUUCUAUGCUUUGUGCAAAAUGAGAUUGGGCAGAAAAUACUGGUUCCAGGAGGUCCCUUAUUGUGGGACAAAGAGCUGAGCAUUUGGUUUGCUUCUGUGUGUGUGGUCAGUGUGUGCCGUCAAGACAAAUGCUGCAUUUUGCUGUGAGGUGGCUGAGGUUCCUCAAGCCAGGCGCUCCUGGGUGCCGCUCAUGGAGAGGCCAUCCCUUACCGGGCAGGUGUCCGCACUUGUCAGCGAGGCAGCCUCAGCCCCCAGUGCCUGUGUGUUCCAGCUUUUUGACUGCUUUCUUAAUCUUGGGUCUCCUGGAGAGAUGUGUAGAGGUGUGGGGGGACUGGUAGCUGUUUGCGUCUUCUUUGUGAGACGAUCUAGGAAGUUGUUUUCUGAUUGAACUGCAGCACCCAUGUGGUUGCUGUCCUGGGAAGAGGGCAGGGCCGCUCUGCCCACCACUGUGUCCUGUGCGGGCACUACCCUGUGCCCACCACUGUCAAGCAUUCUAGGAGACUUCAGGUCUUGACAUUGUCAAACAGACGUUAUUUUGUCGAAAGAUUAAAAGGCUUUUGUUGGCACUUGGCUACGUGUGUGUGUGUGUGUGUGUGUGUGUGUGAGUGUGAGAGCGGCCUAUGGGAAGUUGGCUGCUGCCUUGUGGCUGACCACAGGAAGAAGUACUUUGUUUGGCAUAACAGCAUGUUUCAUUUUGAUUACAAGCUACCAAAGGAACUUUGAUCAUGGCAUAAGUAUCUAAAGCAAUAUUUUCUAGAAUAUACCAAGUUUAUAUCAUUUGAUUUUGUGCUAAAUUAUUAAGAGUCUCAGUUUUCAAAACGUGCCUGUUUAGAAUAUGACAUUUGGGUUGCCCUAUUAAAAUCCUUAUUCUUCAA